AUGACUAAUGAUUUAACAUGCUUCGUAUGUGGAGUGGCUGGAGCUCCACACUUCCUGCAUACAAAACCUCGCAAGACAGGUGCUUACUUUACCUUUCUGGCAAAUCACAUUCCUCCAAACAACGCCAAGUUGCCUGCCGACGACGGCCGGGUGUCGUGCUGCAUUAUAUGCAAAGCUUUCCUCACUGAACAGUGGAAGUCCUAUGAAAAGAGGAAAACUCCGAUGGUCGAACGAUUGUUCUGGAUGAAGAGGACCGAUGAUAAGAUGUUCACGGGUGCCGAAAUGUCCGUACAGAAAGAAUACAUCUCACAGGUAAUCGGCCUAAACAACAACACCAACAACAGUUCUUUUUAUGGUAGUUCUCAUAUAAAUGGCAUUUCAUCAAGGAACACUGUCGAACACAACGGAAAUAGCCCUGCUUCAGAUAUACCAGGAGCCAACGUUUCAUUAAAUCAGUCAACUGACGAUUACGAUGACAACGUGGAAGCACUAGAUCUAUCUACCUCUCCAAACAAAAAUCAAAUUACUAAUUGUAGAAAAAUAUCAAAAAGAAAAUCGAAUGAACAGCACAAGACUGAAUGCAAUAUAUCCAAUGGCCAUGAAACAAACUACAGUUCAGUUAAAAAGCUGAAAGCCAGCAGUGAAACAAGUAAUAAUUUUGUUUGCUACAUAUGCCGCCUUGCAUACUCCGACCAUCACUCCAGGUUUGUGUCAUGCGCUGAACGUUCUGAUGAACCUUAUUUUCCAUUCAUCAAACAUCUCAAGAAGCCAGAAAAAGCCAAAGACAUGACGAAAUCGGGUCUGGUCGAAGUCUGUUGUGAAUGUCGCAAGAAGCUCUCCAGACAGUGGAAAGUAUACGAGGCAAGGAGGAUACCGAUGAAUCAGAGAUUGUACAGUAACAUUUGUAACUCUGAUAUCAAACCCAGCUGUGUAAUCCCUGAUGUUUGGAAGAAUGAAAAUUCAAGUGAAUCUCUUGAAGAAUGCUUCUUCUGUACACACAGGCAAUUUAGUGUCGAUAACAUUCAUCCCUUGUGUCUUCCAUUCAUCAAGUCCCUCCUACCUGAGUCACAUUUGUACCUCAGUGGACUGGCGCACCUUGAAAAAUUGUACAAAUUAAUAACAACGGUCAGUAGUCCUUCAAUUAAAAGCUGCAGGGCUUGUAAUGACUUACUGGCUAGGGAGAUAAUGAUCUUUGUUCAAUCUAAAAAACAAUCAAAACCAACUGAGAAAACGAUAACUGAUGUUUAUAAUAAUGCAAUUGACGGUCCUAACAAGUGCAACAAAUUAAAGAUUAACAAUGGUUCAAAUCUGAGAGAUCUGUAUUGUGAAAAUCUAGUUGAGCCAAAAUUAGAACCAAACACAUACCAUCUGGUGGAAUGUAUUAGCAACAACAACAACCAAUCAAACAUGGACAACAACCAACUCCAAUCAACAACAAAUUUGACAGAUGUUAAUGAAAUCAAUUAUUACCAUAAUAAUGAAGCAGGCAAUGUGAAAAAGUUUAAAGAGAAUAAUGCGAAGAAAGAUGAUGAUGGUGAUGAUGUAAAACCUGCAUCAUAUGAAACCGAUGAUAAUGUUCAUGUCCUAGAUGCACAUGCAUCUGAAUUCAAAAACGUGGGAAAAGCUGAUUUAAUGACAUCCAUUUCGUCAUCAUCGUCGUCGUCAUCCUCAUCCAAAUACCAAUCCACCAUCUGCAAUGCAUCCGAAAAUGUCCCCUACUUGCCUGUCCCACCAUCAAUGUCACCAUCAUUAGCCUCCUCGCCAUGCUUGAAAACAUCUUCACGUGAUGCCGACACUGACCACAGCAUCUGCAAUAACGAGAGUAAUAAUAACAACAACGUCAGCAUUAAUUGCAUUAAAGACGUAAACAACAACAAAAUUAAUAGCAUCAACAGUAUCGUCAUCAACAACAACAAUAUUACUAACAAUAACGGCAUCACGAACAACAACAAUAACAAUAAUAAUAUUAUCAACAACAACAGACAAAACAACAACAACAGCCUCCUUAGAAACGAGUUCAGCAUAUGGAAAACGCUUGGAACAGCUGGCGGGGACAUAAACAGCAUAGACAAUAUACCAAAUAGAUCAGCUUGGCCUGGUGUUGAUGUGAUUAGACAAGCCUACAUCAACCACUUGAAAAUCCAGAUGAAAGAAGAGAAACUAUUGAAAGCCAAACUGGCAGACGUAAUGCAAGAGCAUCAAAAAUUACUUCAGAGACAUCUAACACUAUCAGCCCUCAAACAGACAGCGCAGGAUGAACUGACGACAAUGGAAGCGGAGAAAGCCACGCUACUAUCUGAGCUACACCAACUAAAUGAACACUUAACAAAAAUAUAA